AUCUCCUGAAAGUCACCAACCUGAGGAUGAACUUGACUAAAUUGCACACUCUGGGAGACAACCUCUUGGAUUCACGCCGGGAAGUCAAGGAGAAAUACUACUAUGCGGUGUAUGAGAUGGUGCUGCGGGGCAACUGCUUCUGCUAUGGGCAUGCCUCGGAAUGUGCCCCUCUCGCUGGCAAUCCUGCUGAUGAUGUGGAAGGCAUGGUCCACGGUCGCUGUGUCUGCAAGCACAACACCAAAGGGCUGAACUGUGAGCUGUGCAACGACUUCUACCAUGACCUGCCCUGGCGCCCAGCUGAGGGACGCCGCACAAAUGCCUGCAAGACCUGCGAUUGUGAUCCACGUGGGAUUGAGAAGCCGCAAUGUCACCGGACUACUGGGCAUUGCUCCUGCCGCCCGGGGGUGUCUGGCGUGCGCUGUGACCAGUGCUCCCGUGGUUUUGCUGGCGAUUUCCCUGCCUGCCAGCCCUGCCACCAAUGUUUUGGAGACUGGGAUCGCAUUGUGCAAGAUCUGGCUGCCCACACUCGCAACCUGAUGCAGAGGGCUCAACAGCUCCACCAAACGGGGCUUGCUGGCGCUUUCGAGGGUCCCUUCCGUCGGCUGCAGGACAAACUGAGUGCCAUCCAGGCUGUGGUCAGCGCUCGCAAUGCCACCGCCACUGCGAUUGCUCACCUCUUGCAUAAUAUGGAUGAUAUACGGCAGGAGAUAGCUGAUAUAACAGAAACACUGACCCAGCUGGAGGGAUUGCUGACAGCCACCCAGGACAAGAAUUUUAAUGCCAACCACGGGCUGGGCAUCCUGGAGCGUGGAGUUCGGAGCCUCAAUCUCAGCCUAGCAGACCUGAAACACCAGCUUAACAUUCUCAUAAACACCAACGUGUUGGGGGUCUAUGACAGCGUCCGCCAGUCCUUUGUGCAGUCACGCGAAGCAGAGCACCAGGCAAAUGCCUCGACCUUGGCUGUGCCCAGCCCCGUCAGCCAAUCAGCUGCUACCAGGCGUCGCACAGAACACCUGAUGAUGUCCCGAAGGGAAGCUUUCAAUCGGCAGAAUGCCGCCAACCGCCGAGGGCUGGUGGACCUCUCGACGCGCACCCGAGGGCUCAGCCUGGAUCUGAUUAAUGAGAAGGUCUGUGGGGCCCAGGGAGACACUCCCUGUGCCAUCGAUUCCUGUGGAGGGGCCGGUUGCUAUGACGAAGAUGGCAGACGUCACUGUGGAGGCCUCCACUGCAACGGGGCCGUGGCCACCGCUGACAACGCUCUGGACCGAGCCCGGCAUGUCGAAGAGGAGCUGCACAACGCCGUCUCUGAAGUGGAAAGUCUGCUGCAUCAGGUCUCCAAUGCGAAGGCCCGUGCAGCUGAAGCAAAGCAGAGGGCACAGGCAGCUUUGGAUCACGCCAAUGCCACCAAAGCUCGGAUGGAGCACUCAAACAAGGAGCUGAGAGACCUUAUCCAGCAAGUCAAAGAAUUCCUUAAUCUCGAGGGGGCAGAUCCUGACAGCAUUGCACUGGUGGCUUCCCGUGUGCUGGAGCUCUCCAUCCCAGCAUCCCCCGUGCAGAUCCAACACCUUGCCGAGGAGAUCAAGGAGCGGGUCAGCAGCCUGGCCAAUGUGGAUGCCAUCCUGGAUCAAACAGCAGGGGAUGUCCGCAUCGCAGGGCAGUUACUGCAGGAUGCACGCCGGGCCAACGCUCGGGCAGAGAGUGUUAAAAACACAGCUGAAGCAGUGAAAAGGGCUCUGGAUGAUGCGAAACGGGCACAAAAUGCUGCCGAAAAAGCCAUCAACUCUGCAGACAAUGAUAUUCAACACACCAACACAGUUGUUAACGAGAUUAAUAGGAAGACUGCAAAUGCUGAGGUUGAGUUGGCUGCAGCCAAGAAGCGGGUGGGCCAUCUUGACCGGCAGGUGGACGUUCUCAAAAUGAAGCGGGCCAGCAACAUCUUGCAAGCGACCCGAGCAGAAGAGACAGCUAGUGCUGCCAAGAACCGAGCUAAGGAAGCUGAACAGGUACUGGAGGGACCGCUGGGGGAUCGAUAUCGCACCAUGCAGGAGUUAGUGGAACGAAAAGCCCAGCAUGUAGUGGGGGCCCGAAAGAAAGCAGAGCACCUGCGAGAUGAGGCCAAAGGACUUCUGCGCGAUGCUCACGAAAAACUACGGCGGCUGAGCAAGCUGGAAGAAACCUAUGAAGAAAAUGAGAAGCUGCUACAAGAAAAGGCAGCCCAGCUGGAUGGGCUGGAAGCCAAGAUGAGAAGCAUCUUAAGAGACAUCAAUGAGCAAAUCCAAAUCUACAACACUUGCCAAUGAUUCCCCAUCAGGUGCUCCCACUUACUACCCCUGUCCAUGUGCUUAAAGCAGCAACGCUUUUCAGCUUAGCAUGGCCCAGCUCCAAGUACUACACGGAGCACUGAUUCUUACGGCCAUUCCUUCUCAGCAUCUCUCGAUAUAUCGCCAUCACCCUGCUCACAACCUCUAUUGCAGUGUUUCUCAACCUUGGCAACUUGAAGA